ACGGAGAACACGCAGAGAUUUCAAUUCCAGAUCAUCGCCCAUACCUAUCAUCGAACGGCAGCAACAGUAAACCAUGCGGAAUCAAAAGCCCUCCUCCAGUACCAAACUCAAUGAGUACGUCUGUCGAAUAUGCAGACAAAAACACGCGUUAAGGAAAUGUAAAAGAUUUUUGAAUAUGAACACGGCAAAACGUCUUCAGAUAGUACAAACCUAUGGAUACUGCAGAAAUUGUUUGGCACACUCUCAUUCACAGGGAUCAUGUUUUACCAAAACUGGUUGCAAAUACUGCCAAGGAAAACAUCAUAGCUUACUGCAUCUGCAUCCACGAUUAAAAAAGGAUAAACCUUCACGCCGUAAGCAAAGAACUCUUCGAGGGGAACCUGAGCCUAAACCAUCAACCAGUGCUGCUGGAGCCGCACGAAACAGGUCCCAAAAAACCGAGUCAAAGGACAGGACAACACCAACCGAAACUGACUACAGUAAUACCUCACUGUCCGCAAUUCUGAAGCAAAAUCUAAUGACACUCCUUCCUACUGCCGUUGUCAAGAUACUCAGCCCCAAAGGGGAACGUAAGAUUCGCUGCCUUUUGGAUACAGGGUCAAAAUUCAGUUAUAUUUCAAAGAAGAUAGUUGAUUCUCUUGGUCUAACGACUUUGACUCUCGAAGAGGAGGCGAUUUGCCCUCUCACGCUGGUCUCGAUUUACGACUCUGGGGUCAAAAUAGACACCACACUUCGAAUGAAUAAUCGGAUCAAUAUCCAUACUCCCAGCAAAUCACUGCCAAGAAACUUUACUCAAAAUUUUCAUAAUCUUCUUCUAUCAGACGAAAAGUUUUGCGAGUCUGCACCCAUCGACGUAAUACUCGGAGUCGAUAUUUAUUCUCGAGUUAUCACAGAAGGCAUCCUUAUCCGAACGGGGCUUCCGACAGCCCAAAAUACCAUCUUCGGCUGGACCCUUUAUGGGAGUUGUUCCUUAUAAACAUAGUUUAAAAAAAAA